AUGUUAAAAAACCAAAAGUCACCACUGCCCUUAUUCGGUUUUUGUCGAAGACCUAUUACGGAUGACAACGGAGAGUUAGUUCCCGCACCAGGUCUUUUAGGAACAUUCAAAAAAGUGUUUGGUCGUGUAAUUCAAGUUCCGAAGUCGAGAAGGCGUCCCCUUCAAGUGGAGAAUCUAGAAGUUUCUGUUGUCAAUUAUUACCAACUGAUGGAAUUGCUUCGUUGUGUUGACAUGAAGUCAUUGAAACGUGUGGAUAUAGAUUUACUGCAUGAAACAGAGAAUGAGGAAGAGACACAACUAUACUUUGAUAUACUAGAAGGAAAUCUGAAGGAACUUCGAGCAGGUUGCAUCACGACAUCCUCUUAA